AGUAAAUGUAGGAAGGACCUAAAUUUUUGUUAUUUAUAUUCGUGAAGCAUAUUAUUCUGUAUCUAUUAUUUUCGUAAAAAAUUUAUUUUAUGCAUUUAAAUGAGUAAAUAAUUGUUUUAGAAAAUAUUUUCUUUAAAGAAAAUUACAUUAGGCCAUAACUAUGUCUACGGUAACCACCAAUGCCGAUUUAGAUGAAUUCAAUAGAUCAAUAUUAGAAUUUUUAAAUAAAGAACGUGAGUGCUUUAAAGAAAAUUUAAUUGAUGAAAACAGUUCCGAUUUAGACGUUGAAAGCAUAUUUGAGGAAAUAAAUAGAUUGUCAGACAAAAAUGAUGAACGGAGCGUCGAGGAAAUAUUGCGAGAAGCUGAGUGUUUGAUGAAAAAUCAAAUUUUAAAUAAUAAACAAUAUUACACGGAAAGUGAAUAUAAUAAAAAUUGUGUUAAAAUAGAAAAUAAUUGUUUUAAGAAGGUAGUUGACGAAGUAUUAACGGCAUCUGUAUUAUCUGAUGAAUCAACUCCACAUGUGGAUGACUCCCAUAGCGACAAUGAUGAAAUACAAACGAUCGAAGAAAUUACAGGGGGCAUUGAAACCAUUCAAUUUAAUAUGGAUAAAAAUCAAACAGAGAAUGAUAAUGAUGAUUCUAGCAGUACAUUGAAUAACAAAACUGUUUUGGUUGAUUUAAACAAUAUGAAAAUACCAGUUCUACCUGAUUUGAAUAAUAAAAAUUCCGGAAUAAAAGAUGCACUUGGAAUAAAUAAUAGAAAUAGAAAUGAUCAAAAUAAAAUUAAAUCAAAUCCCCUAACAGAAAGAAAUGAAUAUAAGGAACAUAGAAAAUCAUUUGAUAGAUCAUCAAUUGUGUCUCCAAUUAAUAUUAAUAAUAAAAUUUUUAGUCGUCCAAGUUCAACACAAAGUACAUAUAGUGAAAAAAGUUAUGCCAAUAAAUUAAAUCUAAGCCAUCAAUCACCGAGCCAUUCCUUAGCUGCUCAAAAAACUUCUUUGGAGAAUAUAUCUGUGACAAGGGAGCAUGCUCUUAAAAUGGAAAUCGAACAAUUACAAGAAAAACUUAAAGAUACUGAAGAAAGAUUACAAAGUUUAAAAAUUCAACAUGAUUCACUUUCGCAAAUACACCGAGAUUUACGUGAAAAUCAUACACAAAUUCAAGAAGAAUCUGAACAUUUGAAAUUAGAUGUUCAACAUUUGACUGAAUGUGCCAAUGUAUUGAGAUCUGAAUUGCAAUCUGCGAGAAAAGAUCGUAAUGAAGCUUUAGAAAUACAAAAAACUUUGCAAAAUGAAAUCGAUGAAUGCAAGAGUGAAAAAAAAAUUUUAUCAGAGCAAAGUGAAAAAGACUCAAAAAUUAUACAGGAUUUGAAAAGGCAAUGCAAAGAAAUGGAAAGAAUAUUAAUGAGAAAACACCCAGAUUCUGUUUCUGCAUUGAUUGUGGCUUCGAAAAAUCCUACAAAAGGCAAUGAAGAUUCACCAGCUAGUCGGCGUUUGCUGGAGCAACGAAUUGCACAAUUGGAGGCGGAUGCUAAGCAACAAGAUAUUCAAGCUCAAAAAAUACUGGCAAAUGUUCAAGCUAAAUUUAAUUCAGUUCAAGCAAAAUACGAAACGCACAUAGCUGACUUAGAAACACAAGUUCUAAGUCUUCAAGAGAUCAAUACGAAAUUAAAUGAAAAAAUUGAAUUUCAAAUUGCUACGUUGAACAAUUUUGCUAAAUCAAACAAUCAUUUCAAAAGUUCAUGUACGCAAACUGAAGACAUACCCGAAAGAGAAAGUAAAAUGAUAACUAUGUCUACCCAAACUGAUAUAAAACUGUCGGGCAAACUAGGUGUUACUUCUGGACCUAGUACUGGGGCAGCUAAGAAAAAUUUUCCAUCAAAAAUACCUUCAUCACAUUCCGAAACACAAAUUCCCGGCCAUUAUGGUGCAGGUAAAGAAGAUGCACAUUUAUUAGCUACCAUUCGUGGAAUGCGUGUUGAUUUAGCCAUUAAAGAUAAAGCUAUGCAACGUCUUACUAAAGAACUUGAAGAAUGUAAAAAGACCAUAAGAAAGCUCCAAAAAGAAAAAGACGUAAUGAAAUUAGAAAAAUCUAACACUGCAAAAAGACAUUACGAUCCGCAUCAGUAUGUUGAUCAACAAAAUUCUUCAGAUAGCCAAGCUUUAAAGGAAGCACUUAACAAAAUAAAACUGCUUGAAUUUGAUUACAAAGCUUUGCAUGAUAAACGUUUACAAGACUUAAAAACAUUGCAAGCAGCACACGAAAGGGAACUAGCAUCCUGUCAUGAAACCGUUCGAAUACUGCAACAAAGAUUAACAGAGAGAGACGAAGCAUUCGCUAAUCAAAAAAGGCGUAAAGUUCCAAUUGAUUACUACGCCCUCAAAGCUAAGGUUACUUCUUUGGAACGUCGUCAUUCAGAAAGAGAACAACGCCUUCAUAUGUUGGUAGAAGCUCUAAGUAAAGGACGACUGAAUGGCGCUCUUGAAGAUAUUCUUACAGAAAAUGACAAAUGACAAUAGUCAAAACCAAAGGGUAUGUUACAUACAAUACUUUCUGGGAAAAAUCUUUUUUUUUUUCUAAAAAUUUUAUUAAUUUAAAUGCAAACAAAAUCAGUCUUUAGGGUUGUGAAAAAUGAAGAGGAAAGAAAGUCAUUCUAAGGUAUAUAAUACCAUUAAGAAGUUAAAAUCAGAAUCAGAAGAAAGGUAAUCAGAAUGAAAGACAUUUUAAAAAUUAAUUUAAGUAAUUGUUUAAAGUAUGUUUGAAUAGUCAUAAAAAUUGAAUAUUAAAGUAUAGUAGAACUGUACACAUGUUUUUUUUCCUAAAUUAACUAUAAAUAUUUAUUUUCAUAUAAUAAAAUAAAUAAAGGUAUUACAAAUUCAAAUAAUAGUCCAUGAUAUUUUUCAUUUUUGCAAAAUUUCUCGUAAUUUGUAAUACACAAUAUAUUUUUAAAUAUGAAUAUUUAAUGUU